AACUGGGCUAAUAAGAACUCGCCUUGAUCUCAACACAAGAGUAAUCUACUCGCUUGUGCCAGUCAAUGCAAUUGAAUCCUACUCCGAUGCGCUCUGCACAAUCUUAGGCGGGUAUAAUUUGUGUUAAAUUCCAUAAAAUAUAUGUCCCCCCCAUACUAAGUCUGGCAUAGUUCGUUUUGUUUCAGUAUGUUGCAUUGAACGUGGCUAAUAUUAUGUUGAUUCGAUCACAAUUGACCUUGAUAGCGUUAAAUAAAUGUGAACAUUCUAAACUUCCCGGAGGCUCUGCAUACCUUGCUGGAACGGUUCGACUAAGGGAGGCGCCUCUAUGUCUCCAUAUAGGUGAGCGUGUGUAUUUAAGAACUGGGAUUGUUGUACAAGUCCCCCCAAAAUAAGCAUAGACAUUUGCUAUUUUGAUCUCAACUUUACCAUUGAAAAUGGGGACUCAGGGGUUCGCAACUGGUUCCAUUGCCAACCCUGUUCAAUUUCGGGACCAGCACUAUGUAGCCCUCCUGGAUGCGUGCGUUAAAUCCGGUUCACUGUUCUCUGACCCAAACUUCCCCCCGAACCAGAGCUCCAUCGGCAUGCCUACCGACCCAGACCCCAAAAAGGAGAUAAAGUGGCUGCGACCCAAGGAGAUCAGUGCCAAUGCUGUGUUUGUGGAGGACACGACGUGCACCACCGAUAUCUGCCAGGGCCAGCUGGGUGACUGUUGGCUUCUGGCUGCCCUGUCCUGCCUUACCAUGCACCCCAAUCUCUUUGUCAAAGUGGUACCACCUAAUCAGAGCCUGACAGAAUCCUAUGCUGGCAUCUUCCACUUCAUGUUCUGGCAGUAUGGUGAGUGGGUGGAGGUGGUAGUGGAUGACAGGCUACCUGUACGCGAGGGCCGCCUGCUCUUCAGCUACUCCUGUACCCGCAACGAGUACUGGAGCGCCCUGGUGGAGAAAGCCUAUGCCAAGCUGAUCGGGUCGUAUGGCAGUCUGAAGGGGGGUAAUAUCUCUGAGGCGAUGGAGGACUUCACAGGCGGCAUAGCCUACUCCCUCCCUGUCUCCUCACGCACCCCAAGGGUCAUGUGGAGAGCCCUCUCUGCUGCCCUGUCCCGUGGCAGCCUGCUCAGCUGCUUCAUACAGGCUAGUAACUAUCGUGAGAUAGGCACAGUGACUGCAGAGGGACUGGUGAAGGGCCAUGCCUACGCCAUCACAGACACUGUCACGGUGAAGAAGCCGACUGGUGAGGCCUUGUUGCUGAGGCUGAGGAACCCCUGGGGAUUUGUGGAGUACUCUGGACCCUGGAGUGACAAGAGUAAAGACUGGGAUGAUGUGGAUGCUGCUGAGAAGAAAAGGAUUGAUCUGAAAAACAGUGAGGACGGAGAGUUCUGGAUCAGUGCGGAGGACUUCAACAAGCUGUUUGACACAGUGGAGCUCUGUAGUGUGGACCCUGACCCCAUAGUGGAAGAGGACACACCCACUGACCCCGACUCCCCUGCUGACCCCCCCUCUGCCUGGACCCUCAGCUCCCACAAAGGCUCCUGGGUAUCGGGCUCCACUGCAGGGGGAAGCUGUAGUUACCCUCGAUCGUUCUGGAAGAAUCCCCAGUUCCAGCUUGUCCUUGCCGAGCAUGAUGAUGACAUAGAGAUGACCCCGGAGGAGAAGAAGGUGGCAGAGAAGGAGAAGCAGAAAGCAAAGCAGUGCACCGUGCUGGUGGAACUACUGCAGAAAGACCGGAGAAAGAAAAUCAACUUCCUCCACAUCGCCUUCCACAUCUACAGGGUUCCUCCAAAGCUCCGGGGCCUGUGUCUGGACCAGAGCUUCUUCUCUUUCAAGCAGCCAGUGGGGAGUUCUGGGGUGUACCAGCCCCUCAGGGCUGUGUGGAGGGAGGUGAGGCUGGACCCGGGAAACUACGUGAUUCUGGCCUCCACCUACAGUCCCAACCAGCCUGCGGAAUUCUUCCUCCGCGUCUACUCCAAGACUGGCAACAAUCUGGGGACCCAAGACUUCACCUGCUCCACUGGCUUCCUCAUGGUAAUGUCAAUGCCACCAGUCUUGCCAGAGGAUCGCAAGAGAGUACAGAAGACCUUUGAUGAGGUGGCGGGGCCGGAUGACAAGCUGAAUGCUAAGGAGUUCAUGAAGCUGGUUAACUCAGUUAUGGAGAAAGACUACCAGCUGCCACUGGAGACAUGCAGACAGCUCAUCUUUGGAGAGGAUACUGGGGGGCGUAGCUGUCUGACCCGAGAGCAGACAGAGCCUGUGCUGGCCUCUCUUCGCAGUCUGCAGUCCAUCUUCUUCAAGUUUGAUCAGGACUCUUCAGGGACUAUGAGCCCCUUUGAGCUUAGUCUGGCCCUCCAGGCUGCUGGUGUGCAGUGUGAUGGCCAGGUCAUACAGCUGCUGUGGGAGAGGUUUGGCUCUGGGGAGCUGCACCUGCCUUUCCAUGGCUUUGUGGCCUGUGUCACCAGGCUGCGCAAGCUAUUCGCCCUGUAUAAAUCAGAUAGCAACCCUGAGGUCAAAGACGGAGGAAUCAAUACUUGGCUGCUCCGACUCCUGACCGUGUGAGCGUGCUCUGUAAAGGGGGGUUCUGCGUGGGCACUGCAGGGGCAUUCUGUCUGACCAGGACCAUAUGAUAACAUCAUGCCUCCACCGGCGCCCUCGUCCACACACACACAGGCGCACACCACACACACAAACAGCCACUGGCCUUUGUCACCAUACGAUACCCCGCAUAUCAGCUAAGUAUUUUCAGCAAUUGAGUCAAGUAUUUUCAGUUCUACAGCCAAGUAUUUCUUUAACCUUUCAUUAUUUGAGUUUUAAAUAGUGAAAAUGUAGUUGAAGCUCUGUAGUUGAAAUGUAUCCAAAAAUAAAAAUGUGUAAAAAUGAA